GUUCUUUGUUUCGUAUAACACAGAUUCGCAUAACAUGGCAAUUUUCUGGAACAUAACUCCUUUGUUAUAUGGGGGUUACCUGUAUACAAAUUUGAGAUAGGAUGAGUGCUUACUUGAAUAAAAAAAGUAUCAAAUGAAGGCGUUUUGCACUUAAAAGUUGUGAAAUUUUGUACGGAGGAUAUUAGAUUCUACCAUAUUGGAACCUUCCAAUAUUGUAGAACCUGAGGAAGGCCAUUAAAUAUAGCCGAAAACGUUAGUUCGAUUAAAGAAAUUUCUAGAAAAAGAGUGGAAGGUUUUAUAAUACUUACUUACUUGUGUACGGAGGAUUUUUUCCAAAUUCUGAAAUUGUGUUAGAGCAAAACCAGAAACUGUGUUGUACAGGGAGAUAUCCCUAAUUUUCAAACUAUGUUGUACUGGGGAUACCUGUAUUUAAUUUGAUUAAUGAUAAUUAUUUCAAAGUUGUAAAUAUGGAUGAAACAGUUGUAUCUUUUACAUUUUUUCCAUUCUUUAGUUAUGUCUUCAAUAAUUAAUUUGGUAUUUAAAUUAUAAAAGAUAGCAAAUUUGAAAAAGAGUCUGGUAAUAUACCAAGUUGAAAUUGUUUUGUAAACAGUUAGUUUUAGAGAUAAAUCAUCAAAAGUUCAAUAUCAAUAAAAUUUUAAAUUACUUAUAAAUAAAAGCAUUGAUUAUUACUUUUUAGUGAUAUGAAUGAUGGUGGUUUGCAAAGAGUCACAAGUGAGAAUAAAAGUGUAUUCCAGUUGCAUUCUUCAGAACUGUCUGAUGGUGAUUCGGGAAAUUCUGUGAUAGUAGCUACUAGAAUUGAACAAGCUCUGUCAGAAGUUGCAUCUUCAGUUGGUGGUUUUCAACCCAAACCUGGUCCACAAACAGUUUGGUUACUACAGUUACACAUCUGGCUGCUGAUAGCUGAGCUUUAUUUACAUUUGGGUCAGGUAUCAGAAGCAGAAGCGUGCAUUCAUGAAGCUUCCAGCAUAUUUCCACUGUGUCAUCAAUUAAUGGUUAUGAAAGGCAUGAUCCAUAAAUAUAAAAGAGAAUAUCAUGAAGCUAAAACAUGUUUUCAAAAUGCAGUUGCUAUUAACCCACUUCAUGUGAAAGCUCUUCAACAUUUA